AUGGGAAACCACCUUUUCGAGAAGCACUGGUCGUGCAAACUCGCAACGGAAGGCUGCAAUAUUGCAACAUACAAAACCUUGGUUCAUACGCCGGAUCACGUCUAUUCAUUGGAUAUCGCUGAUAUGACGUUUAUAGCAACCACUCACACCGUUAAUCCGUGUCCCGGAACGACCAUAAUUGGAAAGAAAACUUCCGCUGAAUCAAAAUGGCGCGAAUUCACUCCGUUACAGGCUUCCGUUGCUAAAAAACAAGCAGGAAACUUCAAAUACCUUUUGGAAAAAGCGGGAGCUUUCGAAGUCCAACGAGCCGCAGUCCGAUUCAAUCGAAUUGCGAUGAACGAGGAAUGGCUCUGCGACUACUCGCUCAAGGACAGAACCACGUAUCCCGUGGAUUCUUCUUCUGUAGUCGACCCAAAGAAGUAA